AUGGGAGCAAAGGGUUGGUUUAUCCUCAAGCUUCUAAUGUUUCAAGGUCUUUUCAUUUCCCGUCCCCAAGACCAAGAAAACUUUGAUUUUUUCUACUUCGUUCUUCAGUGGCCAGGAGCCUAUUGCGAUACAAAGAAAAGCUGUUGCUAUCCAACAUCCGGUAAACCUGCUGCUGAUUUUGGCAUCCACGGUCUUUGGCCUAACUACAAAGAUGGUUCAUAUCCAUCAAAUUGCGAUCCCGACAGUGAAUUUGAUAAAUCUCAGAUAACGGAUCUGGUAAGUAGUUUGAAAAAGAAGUGGCCAACACUAUCGUGUCCGAGCAACGAAGGGUUCAAUUUCUGGGAACAUGAGUGGGAAAAACAUGGUACAUGUUCCGAAUCCGUAAUGGACCAACAUGACUACUUUGAGAAUGCUCUUAAACUCAGAGAUAGAGCCAAUAUCCUCCAAAUCCUCACAAACUCUGGAAUCAAACCAGAUGACGGAUUCUAUGAUCUAAAAAAGAUUAGCAACGCGAUAAAAGAUGCGAUUGGAUUUACACCGGGAAUCGAGUGUAACAAAGAUCCGGAGCAAACGAAGAGACAACAAAAAAAAAAAAAAAUGGAAGCAAAGGGUUGGCUUAUCCUCAAGCUUCCAAUGUUUCAAAGUGUAUUCAUUUCACGUCCUCAUCAAGACUUUGAUUUCUUCUACUUCGUUCUUCAGGUGCCUAUUGCGAUGCAAAGCGUAGUUGUUGAUAUCCAACAUCCGGAAAACCUGAUGCAGAUUUUGGAAUCCAUGGUCUUUGGCCUAACUAUAAAGAUGGUUCAUAUCCAUCAAACUGCGAUCCCGACAGUGAAUUUGAUAGAUCUCAGGUUUACGCCAGGAAUCGGAUGUAACAAAGAUCCGGAGCUUAACGACCAACUUCACGAGAUCUACAUUUGCGUUGAUACAUCAGGAACCGAGUUUAUCGAAUGUCCAGUUUUGGGUAAAGGAAGAUGUCCAUCUAAACUUCAGUUUUCUAAGUUUUGA